CGGUCGCAAGUCCUGAAAAAUGGUAGACAAUAUCCAUGAAAUUUCGGACAGCAACAGACGCUGAUGAGCCGAUUCAAAGAAGGAGGCAGCAACCAUGGUGCUGUCAGCGAUGGUGGUGCAGGAACCCUGUGUAUUGGGUUGAUGAGUGGGACGAGCUGCGAUGCGAUUGAUGCUGCUCUCGUGGAGAUUCGAGGCGCUGGGUUUGAGACCAGCGUGAGGUUGCUGAAAUACAUUGAGGUCGAGCUGGAGGCUGACGUGCGCCAGCGGCUGCUGCGGCUGGGAGCUGGUGAUGCCACCACGGCCAGUGAGCUGACGCUGGCCUCCAACGCCCUCGGUGAAGCGUUUGCCGCUGCUGCCCACGAGGUUGUGCGCCAAGCGGGGAAGCACAUGAACGACGUGGCAUUCAUUGGAUCGCACGGCCAGACCGUGUUCCAUGACCCAGAUCACAACGCAACCCUGCAGAUUGGAUCACCGUUCGUCAUCGCUCAACGCACGGGGUGCUGGACCGUGGCAGACUUUCGGCCCGCAGACAUGGCACUCGGUGGACAGGGUGCACCGCUUGUGCCGUACGUGGACCUCAUCCUGCACCGUUCGGCAGUGGAGAGCCGGUUGCUGCUCAACAUCGGUGGCAUUGCCAACAUCACCGUGCUCCCAGCCAACGCCACUGCAGCGGACGUCGUUGCGUUUGAUACGGGCCCAGGCAACAUGCUCAUGGAUAUGGCGGCGGCCAGGUUCACUCACAAUGAACAGCGGUGCGACAGGAAUGGAGCAAUAGCUGCUCGCGGGGUCGUGCACACCGCUCUGCUUGCGUGGCUGCUUGACCAUCCGUUCCUGCACAAGGCGCCCCCAAAGUCGACAGGCCGCGAUGAGUUUGGAGCCGCCUUUUUCGCGCGGCUCCUGGAGAUGUUUCCAGACAUCCCUGCUGACGAUGUGCUUGCCACGCUCAAUGCGUUUACGGCGCGCACAGUGUGCGAUGCAGCCCUCCCCUUCAUCAAACAGCACAGCAUAGCAGAGGUGUGGGUGUCUGGCGGCGGCGCACACAACCCCGUGCUCAUCUCCAACUUGCAGCGCGAGCUCCCAGAUGCAUGCCGGGUUGUGCAGCGAUCAGAGGAUGCCUUUGACACGGAUGCGCGGGAGGCGGUUGCGUUUGCGGUGCUUGCAAACGAGACCAUGCACGGCAACACGGCGAACGUGCCCGCUGUGACAGGGGCGACAGCACCGGCCGUGCUGGGUGCAGUGUUUCCCGGCACGCGACGCGUGGACAUGGCGACGGCUCUCCAGUCCAGCACGACAUGAUCGACACUGAUGGGCCGAUUGCUUCAGGGGUUGGUUGGGUUGUUGGUUGGCUGGUCGGUUGAGGUGGGCGGAAGCUGGUCGUGCUGGUGGUGGUGGUGCACGCUUGAUUGAAGAUUGGCAAGUUUGGUGCGCACAGCAAGAUGGUUGUCGAUAGUGGUGGUGCGUGGUGCCCUGGCUCUGGGUUGUGGCUUUUAUUUGUGUUUCUGUGGGUGUGGCUCACCGAAGGAAGAAAAGGCGGCACCACCCACCACGCACACAACUGGCAACCGUCAUAACAGCCAAUGAAAGGGUGACAUGGGCAGGAGG